AUGAGGUGUUGUCUGUUUUUCUUUUUUGAUCGUUUCAACAAUGUAAACAGACAUAGAAAAGAAGCAACAGGUGCGCGUUGGUCAGCAAUCAACAUCCUCUCAGAGAGCUUUGCUCCUUUUACUGCAAACUUUAACUAA